UAAACAUGAGUUACUACAGUAUUAGAUAGGAGAGCCCCCGGACUAGGACUAGCAUUCCUGAGGCAGCAUCCAUGGACACUGUAAAGAACGGUGGAUCUCAGCCUGUCUACAGCCGCUGGUCGUACAGGCCCUCGAGCUCUGCCAGCUUCUCCUCUAACUCAACAGCAAGCGGCAUUGAAGAUGACAGCUCCAGUCUUAUGCAGCAGAAACUGGAAAAACAGAGGGCGCUGCUGGAACAGAAGCAGCGGAGGAAGCGGCAGGAACCGCUGAUGGUCCAGCCCAACACAGAGGCUCGACCCCGACGCUCCAGGACACGGCGUGGUGAGGAGCAGGCCCCGCUGGUGGAGUCUCAACUCAGUAUCAUCAACGAUGUCAUCAUGGAUGGUAUCGACGGCCCAGCAGCUUUCCUGGGAUCAGAAGCCCCUGAUAUGGGAACGAAAAUUCAAAUCCUGUCGGUGAGCCAGCCCCAGGCCCAGUCCCAGUUCCAGCCCAAGUCCCAGUCCAAGCCUCAGACUCCUGCUGCUACGGAGGAGCCCGAGAGGGACGGAGACACUGAGACGCUGCUGGAGCCCAAGACAGAUAUCCACGAACUGCUGCAGAAACAAGGUCUGUCUGGCAGUAUGAACUUUGAUGAAGCCAGCGAGCACGAGGAUGACGCGGAGGAAGAGCGGACACGUUCUCUGUCCCCCAACGCAGACACAACCAGACCAUCCUCCGCCGCCAGUGGCAAGGACGUUUCAGUGGUGACGUCCGGAUCGCCCACUGCAGAGAGCUCGCUAGUCGAUGUCACCAAUCUAGAGGAGUUUGUGUUGCGUCCGGCUCCACGUGGCAACAGCGUCAAAUGUCGCAUUACCAGGGACAAGAAGGGCAUGGACCGCGGCCUCUACCCCACCUACUUCAUGCACAUGGAGAGAGAGGAUGGCAAGAGGGUGUUUUUGCUGGCAGGAAGAAAGAGGAAGAAGAGUAAGACAUCCAACUACCUUAUUUCAGUAGAUGCUACUGAUCUGUCGAGAGAGGGAGAGAGCUUCAUAGGUAAACUGAGGUCCAACCUCAUGGGCACCAAAUUCACAGUGUAUGACAACGGCACCAAUCCCUGCAAAAACCCCGGAGCGCUGCUGGAGGAGAGCAACACGCGACAGGAGCUGGCUGCCAUCUGCUAUGAAACCAACGUGCUGGGAUUCAAAGGACCACGUAAGAUGACUGUAAUCAUCCCGGGCAUGAACAUGAACUUUGAAAGAGUCCCUGUAAGGCCUCAAAAUGAGCAGGAGAGCCUCCUGAGCAGGUGGCAGAAUCACUCACUGGACAACCUGAUUGAGCUGCAUAACAAGGCCCCCGUGUGGAACGAUGACACCCAGUCUUAUGUGCUGAACUUCCACGGCCGCGUCACUCAAGCUUCGGUCAAGAACUUUCAAAUAGUUCAUGACAAUGACCCUGACUACAUCGUCAUGCAGUUCGGCAGAGUGGCCGAAGACAUCUUCACCCUGGACUUCAACUACCCCAUGUGUGCUCUUCAAGCCUUCGCCAUCGGCUUAUCGAGCUUUGACAGCAAGCUGGCCUGUGAAUGAACCGCCGCCAGUUCUGCUCCCACGCCUCCGCCUUUCCUGUUUCCCUGCAAAAAUCUCUUCUCGCUGAACUAUUUGGAAGCCGACAGCAACACCGCUUGAAUCAUCGGGAGUUUUGUUCACACCGCAGUCAACAAACCAAUAUGAAUAAAAGCAAGAAGACGCUGGUGAGGAAUGUCGGUGCUCUGUUGGCAAAUCCAGCGAUCCUCCAGACUUAAAUGUUGUUUUUUGUUUGUUUGUUUUUUCCUGCCACUUUUUACAGGGGGUUGUUUCAAUAUCAGUUUAUCCUUUGUGUACAGUUGAUGUGUAUUCGUACACAUGUAUACAACCUAAAAGGGAAAAGACAAAGCAAAACACACCACUCUCAUCAGCGCUGGAGAAAAAUGCGCUUUUGUCAGACAUCUGAUUCA